GCCAUGGCGCAGGUGCUGAAUCUCAACAAUGAGGUUGUGAAGAUGAGAAAAGAGGUGAAGAAGGCCAGAGUUCUUACCAUUCGGAGACUCACCAGACACAUUGCAAAACUUAAGUUAAAAAAGGGUUCAGAAGAGGUGGUAUUAAAAAAUCAAAGGCGAGCAGAGAGAUUAUUAGAAGAAAUCCAUGCAAUGAAGGAAAUAAAACCAGAUCAAGUAACCAAGUUUGCUCUUGGGGAUGAGAUUACUUUUGAGCAAGUCUGCAAAAAGCCAAAUUCCACUGCAGCUGACAGAGCAAUUGCUAGACUAGCAACAUACCCACUGUUGAAGACAAAAAUUGCUGAUAUUAAAGAUGCUGUAAAAGCCUUUAAGGAGGCAAGACAGAAGCCAUCUAAAACUCAGUCUUCAGAUGAGCAUUCAUCAGAGCAGCAACUUUCUCAAAAGUCUAAAUUGAUGCAACAUUCUAAUAACCGUGUAGAUAACCGAACACAUACACAGCAAGAAGAUAAAACAAUGGCAAAUGAGAAAACAGCCACCAACAUAGAAAAUGAAGAAAUCUGUACAAGAGAAGAUGAACAGAAGAUGUUGGACAUUGAAAGAACAGAUUCUUUGGGUGAUUUGUCAUUGCAAGCUUCAGAAAAACACACAGGAGUUCAGGAUCAAACAGAAAUUACAAUUGACAGGCCAAAAAGAAAAAAACUGACAAGGGUAAACAAGUUCAGGAUAACAAACGAAUCAAAUAGUGAUGUUAGUGACAUGGAAAAAAAUGAUAACAAGGAGUAUUUUGAUGAUAGCACCGAAGAGAGAUUUUAUAACCAAUCAUCCGAUUCUGAAGAUAGUGAUAGCAAUGAUGAUUUCUUCAUUGGCAAAGUGAAGAAAAAGAAAAAAAAAGUAGCAGAUAGUGACCUUUCUCCAGCAAAGGAAAAGAAAAGACUGAAAAAAGCAUUACUAAACAAAACAAAGGACUCAAAAUUGAUGAUGAUGCAGAAUAUGAAUACAGAAGGAAGUAAAUCAAGUGUAAAAGCAAUGAAGUUGGAAUCACUAUUUUGCAAUUCUCUGUCCAGAUCUGAUCAGCAAUCCAAAAAUAUGAAGAGAAAUGUUAAUGAUCAGACUUUCAAAAACAGAAGAGCAGGUUUUCCAAAAUAUGAACUGCAGGUAAAGAGAAAACAACUUGCUAAAGCUGCAGGUAUAAAGUAUGAAAAUAAAAAAGAGCAUUUGGAGCAACCACUUCAUCCUUCCUGGGAAGCAAGCAAGAAACGUCGAGAGCAAAUGUCUCAGAUUACAGCAUUCCAGGGAAAAAAGAUUAAAUUUGAGGAUGACUAAACUUUUUUAAUGUAAAUUCACAUUUUUAAAAAAGAUUCUUCUAAUUCCCCUCUAAUUGGAUACUUACUUUUGAGAUGUAACAACUUGUGAUUUGAGUGGACCUUUGUGUCCCUGGUGUUAUAGAUUGGAAAGAGAAUAUUUAUCUUCUUGAUUGAGAUAAUACAAAGUUGUUUGGAAACUAAACAUUUUACAGUAUUUGAGAACUAGUGCCUUUACAAAAACAUCUAAAUAUGAUUUGAAAAAGCUAAAAGUAUCCUAAUCUUUUGACAUCAGUGAUGUAGUGUUUUAAAAAUUUUUUGGCAAGGAAAAAACUAAUCCAGAUUUGUUUAUAAUGCAAAUUGUUUUAUUUGCUCAGUUUGUGCUGUAUGAAUUGAAUAAUAGGAGUGUCACAUAGUAUAUGUUUAAGAGUUCAGUUUUGUACUGCUACCAUCUGUGAAACCCACAAUGAAGUUAAGGGUUUAUGGAGUUUUGUGCUCUAAAAUAGUUGGGAUUUUUUUACUUGCUUUCUUUUACUUCCUCUGUGGAGUUCUGCAUUAUAUAAAGUAAAUGCAAAAGAACUAUUUAAAGAUUUUUUUAUAUCUGAAGAGAUGGGAAGGAUAAAAACUCCAACAUAAGAAAACUGUAUUAAAAUAGUUCACUAAAGUGUAUGUUAAAAUCAUCAAAAUAUUUACCCUGUCUUAGAUGGAAGAAGUUGAGAGCUCUUUUCACUCUGAAGACGUUUGGUAAAUUCCAUAAGUGUAUUAAGCAAGCAGAAAUGCAGAUCAAUAGUGCUUAUGGCAAACUCUGGGUAGCAAUAAAAACUUGCCAUCUAAAAAAUGAUAUUCAUCUUUCUUGAUUAGAUAGAAAAUGUGGAUAACUAAAGUAAACAGUCUUGAGCAUUCCUGUACUGAAAGGAACAUUCAGUGUGCCCAACUUAAUUUAAAUUGCACAGAGUCAAAGAUUUAGUCCCAUCCUAUUCAGGUCUUAUAUACCAGAAUCUGGAAAGUGGAAUUAAAUUAAGUUUGUGCCCA